UUGGUUGCCCUCGGUCUGCCAGGAGGCAAGGAGGCUCAGCUCAUCCUCCUUCCCCUGGGCCCUGGAGGCGGCCAGCUCCUAGGUCCUAGGCCGUCGCCGCCCCCGCGCGCAUGUAGGCGUCCACCCGGAGCCCUCCCUCCUGGCUGGCAACUCUACGUCCCCUGCCUAGCAGCAGCCUUCCAGCCCGAAUCUCCUGUUGCAGGGAAGGGUCGCGCCAUGCCCGCGGCGCCGCCGCCGCCCCCGCUGCCUGCCCCGGGAUACCCUCCGGGAGUCGCCCCUCGGCCUGGUCCGGGACACCAAGGGGGCUUUGUCCAUUCUUUAAAGUACUUGAGCUCAAGAACGACAGAGAGACGGCUGCAGGGCUCAUGUGUGCCCAUUGGUCGAGGGGCCCACUGUGGGAAACCAGCCAUGGGGGUCCAGAAGUCUGUGUGCCCUGUGUUCAGCCCCCAGAGUGGCUUCCAUGCCAUCCAUGCGGAGAACAAUUCCAUGAAGCCUCGGGUGGUGACUGUGGUGAAGCCGGGGGGACAUCCCCUCAGGAAGAUCACCCUGAUGCUGAACAGGAGAUCAGUGCAGACCUUGGAGCAGCUGGUGGCAGACAUCUCAGAAGCCUUGGGCUUCCCUCGCUGGAAGAAUGACCGGGUGAGAAAACUGUACAGCCUGAAAGGCAAGGAAGUCAAGAGUGUGUCAGACUUCUUCCGGGAAGGAGACGCCUUCAUUGCUACGGGAAGAGAGCCGUUGACGCUGAAGAGCAUUCAGGCGGCCAUGGAGGAGCUGUCUACUGGCAAGCCCCGCACCCUCACACUAGUUCAGCACGGCUGGGCGCCAUCGCCACGGCCGAAAGGCAGGCUUUACAGCAAGGCCUUGAAAGCCGAGCAGCACCUAGGUGAAGCAGAGGUCGCCAAGAGCCGGAACCAGGCCUCCCUCCCCAAGGUGGGCACCAAGCCUGAGGGGAAAGCUCAGAUCCAGCCGGGCCCUGAGGAGAGGCUGCGGACCCAGAAGAAGUGGGUCCCUGAGAAACAUGGAAAGCCAGACAAGAAGGCUGGACAGGAGGAGAUCCAUUCCAAUGGAGAGAAGCACCGGGACAGCCAGGUGGAGAAGAGCUCUGGGGAGAUCACCAGGUGUGAGAAGUGUAAACAAGAGAGGGCCCUCCGUAGCACGCAGCAGCGGCCAAGGCUGGCAGAGCUCUCUCUGGGCAGCAGUGAGCUGGACCUGGGGAAGGACCCCAGGUAUAAUCCAGAAAGGAUGGUGAGAAUGAAGAGUUGCAGGGGACCACUGCGGAGGGCUUCUCCAGCUGGGGAGGAAGUCUGGGGAAGGGGGGAGAGCUGGAGGAAUAGCCCCAGGGCACCCAGCCUGGAGCUGGAAAGACCCAACAAAGUCAUGGAGAAGAAAGAGAGAAGGGGCUUGGAAGUCCACGAGCAUUCUGAGCCAGCUCCAGCACCAGCAGCAGCAGCAGCAGCAGCCAGAGUCAAGAGGGAAGCCAUGGAAGCUCAGCCCAACGCCGAGGGUGGGGUCAGAGAGCCAAAGAGAGACCCCAGGAGCAUCUCCAGAGCCAGACGGAAUGGCUGGCUGCUGCGUGAAUGCCAGGCCACUGCGGAGAGGCCCCCAAGAAGCCCUGAUGUGGAGAAGGAAGAGAGAGACGAGAAGGGCUGCCUCCCGGGAGGCAGGUGGAUGCCUCGUGGGGAGGGGGCCCUGAGCCGGGCAGACAAGGAGGUGAAGAUGGCCGCUGAGGAGCCCAAGCCGGGCCGAGUGGCGGGCAAGAAGCCGAGGCUGGCCGACACCAACAGGUCUGACGUGGAAGCUCAUUACCAGGUUGGCAAGGUCAUCGGGGAUGGGAACUUCGCGGUGGUCAAGGAGUGCAGGCACCUGCACAGCCAGCGGGACUAUGCCAUGAAGAUCAUCGACAAGUCCAAGCUGAAGGGCAAGGAGGACAUCGUGGACAGCGAGAUCUUCAUCAUCCGCAGCCUCUCUCAUCCCAACAUUGUGGAGCUGCACGAGGUCUACGAGACCGCCACUGAAAUCUACCUGAUCCUGGAAUAUGUGCGGGGGGGGGACCUCUUUGACGCCAUCGUUGAGAACGUGAAGUUCAGUGAGCACGAGGCCGCAUGCAUGAUCACAGACCUGUGCGAGGCGCUGGUGCACAUGCACGACCAGAAGAUCGUCCACCGAGACCUCAAGCCGGAAAAUCUCUUGGUCCAGCGAAAUGCAGACAAAUCCACCACCUUGAAGCUGGCUGACUUUGGCCUCGCCAAGCAUGUGGUCAAGCCCAUAUUUACCGUGUGUGGGACGCCCACCUAUGUGGCCCCAGAAAUUCUCUCGGAGAAAGGGUACGGGCUGGAGGUGGACAUGUGGGCAGCCGGCGUGAUUCUGUACAUCCUGCUGUGUGGCUUCCCUCCCUUCCGCAGCCGAGAGAGAGACCAGGAGGAGCUGUUCGCUAUCAUUCAGCAGGGCCACUUUGACUUCCUCAGCCCGUACUGGGACAACAUCUCAGAGGCUGCCAAGGAUCUGGUGCGCCAGCUGCUGCUGGUGGACCCCAAGAAGCGCUACACGGCCCACCAAGUUCUUGAGCAUCCAUGGAUCAAGGCUGCUAGGAAGGCGAGCCCUGUUAGCCUGCAGACAGACGUGACAGCAGCCAGUGAGCUCCCCUCUAGGAGUCAGGGCAAGAAUGCCUUGCAAGGAGAUACACAGGGGAGAGGGCCUGCCCUGUGUCUGUGAGCAGCCUCGAGGGCCUGCCCUUAGGGAAGCAGCAGACAAACCCACAAAGGCAGAGAUGGAUGAGGGGGAUUGUUGGGUAUUCGUGUAUGGAGAAAGAUAGACAAAAAAUGGUCAAAAAAAGGGAGAGAGGGAGGGAAAAAAGA